AUGGCCUGGAUCCAGUCAACACCGGGCUCAGGUCGACGCGCCGCGUCCCCGACUGUCUUCGAGCAGCAGCGGGAGGAAUUAGUGCGGGAAAUUGCAGUGGGUAUGGAGCAGGUUCUUCAAAAUAUCAACCGUCUGAAUCGGAAUCUGGAGAGUGUUAUUGCGGUUGGGAAUGAGUUCGGCUCUGUGGAAGCUCUAUGGUCUCAAUUUGAGAACUUUAUGGGACGGCGAGAAGAGGAGGGGGAAGAGGGUGGCAAUGCCAAUGGGAACAGCAAUGGAAAGAGGAAAGUCAGCGGAGAAAGCGAUGUAGCGGUCAAGUCAGAGAUUAAACAGGAGCCCGAGGAGGGUGAGUCGACAGUCAUGCAAUGA